CAAAAAAUGGCGGAAAAGCAUUUCGAAGCUGAACUAGACGGUUUCAGAAGUGUCGUCGUUGCUGAUACCCAGAAUAAGACAUUGAAAAGAUGCUCCUCCACAAGCCCCAGCACAGCUCCCCCAAACAAAUCUCCUCGCACCGACUUCUUUUCAACCACCACCACACAGACGCCAGACGCAGGGGAAGAACAUUCAGAGACACACAAACAAGAAAUGCAGACAGAAAACACGGAGGUACCUUCGAGUCCUACUGUCAGCCCCAUUGAACGGAGGAAAUCCUGGAGGAGAGCCACCAUAUCCCGACGCUCUUUCCCUGCCCUUCCCAACCCAUAUCAAGAUUUGUGCAGGAGCAUUAGUGUAUCCUUACCACAGCAAGAGAGGCUCGAGAAACUGAUGGAGGCUUCAAUGAGGCUGGCAAUAGAAAGAACCCAAGGUUCGCUGCAGACAGUGCCAAAAACCUCACUUGAGUCUUUUCAAAAACAAGUUGAGCACAUGCAGAAAGAGUGGGUUUGUCUGGCCAAAAGCAUACGUAGGGAACCAUGGGGUCAUCAGCUCCCUGGUAGUGCAGACAGUGAUCCUGCAGCACAAAGUGCUGUGGAAAAAGCCCAGAAAGCCAUCAACAGGCUCAGGGAUGAAAGCAAAUCUUGGGAGGCGCUGUUGAACAAACACCGGAGUAAAGCAGAGGAAUUGGAAAGGAAAGUGGAGCAAGGCCAGGAGAGAGGCGCAUCAUUGGACUCAACAUCUGUGGCCCAGUCCUCACAGCACCAUUUCAUACAGAGCAAGCCCGACUACCACGCUCUCCUCUGUAGACAACAGCCCAUGCUUCACACUAUGACAAUGAUUAUGGACACUCAGUGUAAGAUGGUUAGAGAGCUUCUGUCCAUCAAGGAGCAGUCUCAGUUAUUGGUGAAAGAAACCAGUGGCCAAUUGGCAACAAAGUCAGGAUUCCAGGAUCUUUCGCCUGACCUCAUCAAGAACCAUAUGGCAGCACCUUUGUCCUCUGCAACUAAGUAGUCAUUUUGGCAGGAGUCAAGAGCAAGCAAUCAUUUCAUGGACCAUGGCUGUUUAUAAUGUGUAUAUAAAGCUCAUAUAUGUGUACUUUCUGAUCAUUUCAUUGUUAUGUGAUUGCUUGGUCUGUCUUGUCUUGUCAUAUAACAUGAAGUUAGCUCUAUGUUUAUGCUUUCUAUGCCAAAACUAUUUCUGUCAGAAACAGGACUGGUAAUAGAGCUAGUUGAGGUAAUCCAUGUGUUUUACCAGGAGGUGGCAGUGGCUGGCUAUACAAAAUUGUGACGAGUUUCGCUAAUGGCAAGACUGUAUUUUUCUGUUGAGCCUUAAUUAAGUGCGUUCUCACCUGUAAAACCUGAAACUGUUAAGACUUGGCUCCCAACUGUUAGAAAUUAAGGAACUGAAAAAUAUUUCCAAAGAAAAUUCUGAAUUCCCUUCAAAACAAUGGUAUUGGUCAUUCUUUGUAAAUAAACACUGAGAAAGAAAUUCCCCACCUCUUGGAAUUAAUAACCUGUAUAAAGUAAUUUGUGGUCUUGAAAUAUCAAAAUAUAAUGGCUGUAUUGUAAACCAAAACUUGUCUUUAUAAAAUAGACUACAUUUAAAAUCAUGGGAUGUAGUCAUAUUUUUUUGGUGGUUUCAUCAUGAUAAAUAUUCGUAAAAGUGAGUAUGCAAGGAGUAAUAUAAAUAGUGUUACUUGCAAAAAGUGUCAUUAAAUCCGUGAAGAAAUUUGGCAGUUUUUCAAUUUGAAUAGACUUGUACAACAGGAAAGUGUUAAAAAUAAAGAUUAAAAAGCUGUGAAAAAAAGUUGGAAUAUGGAAGGCUUCUGCUCUGUAGUUUCAUGACAGUCUAGUGUAUGUACAGUCCUUUUUUAAUGCUCAUUCUCAGUAACAUUUACUAGCAUUUUGGUGCUGCAUUUUUUUCACUUCAUCAGUGUCCCCUGACCAUUCAGGAGGAGGCCCCUCCCCCACACUGACUCACCCCCAUCUCUUCAUUUGGCUGGGUCACUGAUGCAGAACGAAGCUUUGACAUUGUACCAGUCAGUCAAAGCUUUGUUAGCUAUCACUCUUAUCUCUUAGACCUGUUCAUUCUUUAAUG